CCUGCUAGCAGCAGGCCUCCUGGGGCACUGUUGGCUUGGCCUCAGGAGCAGGAGUGCAGCUCCAACAGGGAGGAGGGAGGGAGGUGAUAUGCUGAGUCAGCGUGACUCGCCAGGAACAGUGUGCUCUGGGGCAGCACUGGGGUUAUUUUUAAAGCUCAGCUUCCUUCUAGGCUUGCCCCUCCUGCGGCUUAGUCCUUCUAAUCUCUCCCCUUGCCCCUUUGUCUUGCCCCUGACUCCUGCACAGCCUUCAGUUCCACUUCCCCCAUCAAAUCUCCCCCCUGGUUCUCUAGGGGCAGGACCACCAGGAGCAGCCCAGCUCAGGAGAGGCAAGGCCCAAGGGCUGUCCUCGGGUCAGAUAUCAGGGGAAUGAGCAGAGUACCUGCUCACUGUGCCCCCGGGUUAUGACGACCCCUAAUAAAGGAAACAAGGCCUUGAAGGUGAAGCGGGAGCCAGGUGAGAAUGGCACCAGCCUGACUGAUGAGGAGCUGGUGACCAUGUCAGUGCGCGAGCUGAACCAGCACCUGCGGGGCCUGUCCAAGGAGGAGAUCAUCCAGUUGAAGCAGCGCAGGCGCACCCUCAAGAACCGUGGCUACGCAGCCAGCUGCCGAGUGAAGAGGGUUACACAGAAGGAAGAGCUGGAGAAGCAGAAGGCAGAGCUGCAGCAGGAGGUGGAAAAGCUGGCCUCGGAGAACGCCAGCAUGAAGCUGGAGCUCGAUGCCCUGCGCUCCAAGUACGAGGCCCUGCAGAACUUCGCCAGGACCGUGGCCCGUAGCCCUGUGGCCCCAGCUCGGGGCCCCCUCGCUGCUGGCCUGGGGCCCCUGGUCCCUGGCAAGGUGGCCGCCACCAGCGUCAUCACGAUAGUAAAGUCCAAGACGGACGCCCGAUCGUAGGGACGUGUGUAAUUACCAGGCGGGUUUUUGAGGGGCCACUAGGCAUAUGGCAAAGUCGGCAGCCCUGUCCCUCUUCCCCUCCUCUUCUCUUCCUUUCCAUAUCCCCCCCCCAUCCCUUCCCUGCAAAGCACAACCUGCACCCCAGGGGCACUGGGCUGAGCCCCUUUGAUCUCAUCCUUGUCGUCGUACGUGUGUUUUGUACGUUGGGAUUGGUCAGUUCGACGGUGAUGUUGGGUUGCCCCUAACCCCUUUGUACCAAGGCUGUGUGGGCUUGGAGCCCAGACUGGGCACUGUGGGAAUGGAGGAGAAAGCAAGUGGGCAGGUGCACUGGGCUCCCCCUCUGCACUGUCCUCCCAGGUGGCCCACAGGCCAUCCUGUCUGCCAACUUGAAAUGGGACUCAAGGGCUCUCUCUUCAGAAGGACCCAGGUGGGCAGCUCAUCUUGGCCUAGAAGAAAGACAUGGGCUCUGCUCUGAAGAGUGGGCUGUCCUUGAGGGCCCUGGAUGGGUGGGCCACCAACCUGGGCACUGGGGUAGGGGCUGUGGUGCUCCAGCCUGACACAGUGCACUGAACAAGACCAAGUCACUGGUUGUGCGUGUGUUUGGAGGGUGUGUCAGUGUAUCCUGCGAUGGGUCCGGUGUCACUGUUUACAUGACCUAUCUGUGUGGUUAUAUAGCCCUUUAUUUAAAAGAGAAGUUCCUUUUACGAAGUUAUUAAAUUAUAUGUUUAAGAGCUAAAGAGAAAAAAAGAGCUGCAGAGUAUUUAUAAAAUUGUCUUUUAAAAAAAAGAAAGAACGUUUGACUGUAUAAAUGGAAAAGGAAAGAAAGUAUAGUAGAAACUUUGCUAGUUUAAAAAAGGAAAAAAAAAUCCCUUUCUUGUAAACUUAUGGACAACUCUUUGUGGCUGUUGGAGUUUAGUUUUUAUAUACACAGAGUUAUCAGACAUUAUUUAUAAAACUUAGUUUAAAAAAAAGACAAAAAAGAAAAAAAAAAAAGCCAAGCCGCGAGCCGAC